CAUUUUGAACAUUUGUUGUGACACAUUGUGACAAUGACAGGAAUUGAAAAUCAGAAAAUGAUUGAAAAUGUUAAAUGUUCGAGUACAACAUAUUUUAUUUAAAUAAAAUUUUCGAGUUUACUUCUGAAUUACUAAGUCCAAUUACAAUCAGUUAUCAAAAUGGCUAGUACUAUAAUUGUAGCUGGAAUAGGUAUGGCUGCUGUUGGUUUUGCCGGGAGAUAUAUUUUAAAACAAAUGCCUAAUGCUUCUAUGAAAUUCGCCGAGGCCGUUAAAAAUUUGCCUAAAUUUGAUACGGAAAGUUUAGCAAAUUCCAAGUACUAUAAAGGUGGCUUCGAACCUAAAAUGACCAAAAGAGAAGCAUCUCUCAUAUUGGGAAUAAGUCCGACGGCUAGUAAAGCAAAGAUCAGAGAUGCUCACAGAAGAGUUAUGUUAUUAAAUCAUCCAGACCGAGGUGGUUCACCAUUGAUUGCAGCUAAAAUCAAUGAGGCAAAAGAUGUUCUAGAAAGUGGUAAAUCAUAAGCUACUCUAAAAAUAUUAAGAUUGUAGAUCAAAUUACAGAAAAGAAUAUUUUAAGUAUAGAAUGUUAAAUAUAGUAAAUAAAACAAUGUUUCAACUUUAAUUUUCUAUUUUUCACUUCAAAUUUUGAAGUGUUUUCCAAGAAUUUUAAUACACACUAACACAUUUUUUUAACCCAAGCCAUAUCCUACAGCCAGCUAAUAUCAUGCUUAAGCAUCUCAUUUUAAAAAAUCAAUUAUUAUAGCCUAUUUUCUAAAAUCAAUAUUCAACAUUCAAUCAUUUUAUCCAUUAAUAAAUUUCAAUUGAAAUUGAUGAUUUUUGAUUACUAUGAUAUGAUGAUUACUAUCUUAUAAUGCAUAGUAAUUACUUCAUGUUAUUUCAUCACCUUAGGGACCAAAUUGUUCAUUUUACAGUGUAUAAAAAACAUAACUAAGUGUGAACGUAUAUAUUAAUUGUAAUUUAUUUCUUCAAACUGUUCAACAGAGUUUUGGGAUUUUUCCU